GUUUAAAUAUGUGUGUAUAUGACAUUUAGGGUUUGUUUGUGGUUAUUUUUAUUUAUCUCCAGCAAUUUAUAACUUAUAAAUUUUAUAUACUGUUUUUCUCUGACAAUGAGUAAUCCACAAGACGAGUUGUGCCCUCCACCUACAGAAGAUGAUGAAUUAACAUUACCGCGUGCAAGCAUCAAUAAAAUCAUCAAAGAACUUGUGCCUUCUGUGCGAGUGGCCAACGAAAGUCGUGAGCUACUGCUUAAUUGCUGUUCAGAAUUUAUCCACCUCAUAAGCUCGGAGGCCAAUGAAGUCUGCAAUUUGCGUAAUAAGAAAACUAUAAAUGCAGAACAUGUCCUAGAGGCUUUGGAUCGUUUAGGUUUUCGUGACUAUAAACAGGAAGCCGAGGCUGUUCUUAAUGAUUGCAAAGAAGUUGCAGCUAAGAGACGCAGACAAAGUACACGUUUGGAAAAUUUGGGCAUUCCAGAAGAAGAAUUGUUGAGACAGCAACAGGAACUGUUUGAAAAAGCACGCGAAGAACAGGCACAAGAGGAGCAACAACAGUGGAUUAGCAUGCAAGCAUCGGCUAUACAGCAGAGUGCCAGACAAAUGCGUGCAGCGGGAGCAGAAGAAGAUGAUGAAGACGAUGAUGAAUAUUAAUAACCCAUAAUUAUAAUAAAUAUAAAUAAGAAUGUAAUUUUAAGAUUUUUUAGAAUAUAAUUAUUUUUGAAAUGAAAUAAUUUAUUUUGUAAACUUCGAAUAAAACUUUGUACCUAUGUGUAGUAUAUUCGAUUACUAAAAAUAAAAAAUGUGUGUAUAUAAUCAAA